UGAUAGAUAUAAACACCAGACGAGAUGCGCUCCUUCAUCAUCAUCGCUUUGUUCGCUCUUAUUGCCGUGGCUGCCGCUCAAGGCGGACGUCGUGGCGGACGAGGAGGUCCUCAGGGUGGACCACAGGGAGGCCCGCAAGGAGGACCUGGUGGUCCAGGUGGUCCUGGUGGUCCAGGCGGUCCUGGUGGUCCAGGUGGUCCAGGCGGUCCACAAGGAGGACCUCAGGGAGGACCUCAGGGUGGCCCACAAGGAGGACCUGGUGGUCCCGGCGGUCCCGGUGGACCAUGGGGUCUGCCUCCAAAUGCCACGCUUCCCAGCAACAGCACCACCACCACAACGACAACUGAAGCCAGCACCUCCACCUCAACCACCGAAGCCAGCACCAGCACCAGCACCGAAUCUUCCGCUUAAGCCGUAGAGCUCCAUCCAAUCUAAAAUCCAUUUUUGGCUUGUUCUCUACCGCGCUUCCCUUCAUAUUAAUAAAAGUCCUUUCUGCAAGAAGUAAA